CAAAAGACAUCGAGCCGGAGCAGUCAUUGUCAGACUUAAGACUAAAUCAGUGCCGAAAGCUGCCUUGAUAACAUCCUAGAGGACAAUGUCGACUGGAGACACCAAACCCGCUCGGGUCAUGCUAUGGACAUGUCCCCGUAGUCUCUCCACGGCAUUCACCCGAUCCAUCCUAGAGCUUGAUGACGUCGAAGUCUUCAACGAGGAGUUCACCGCGGCCUUCUUCUUCGGCCCGGAUCGGACCCGGGAUCGAGGAAUCUACCUGGCCCCUAAUCACUCCUACAAGUGGGUGAAACAACGGUUAGAGGCCGACUAUCCGGGUAGAGCGGGCGUUUUCGCCAAGGACUUCACCUAUCCGCUCGUCGGGCGCUACCAUUUGAUCCCCGAGGGAUUCUGCCACACGUUCCUAGUGCGCAGCCCGACCAAGGUGUUCGCCUCGCUGAAGCCUCGGCUGGAGUCAUCGAAAAUCAGCGCGGCCAUGUCCGGGACGGACAUCCGAAGCGUCAUGACCGAGGGAUACACCUACAAGGAAUUGCGAGACCUUUACGAUCACGUCACGGGGCUGGGGUUGCCGACGUUUGUGAUGGAUGCCGACGACCUGCUGGACGAUCCAGUGGAGAUGAUGAGGCAGUACUGCCGGUUCACAGCGCUGCCCUUCAAGGAGACCAUGGUGAAAUGGGAACCGGCCCGGUGCGGCGACCUGAGGUGGCACUGCUGCAGGGCGCUGCGGCUCACGAACUGGAUGAUGCAGUGGUAUGAGGGAGCCCUCAAGAGUUCUGGAUUCAAAAAGCCCGCCCCUCGCCACAUUGACGUUGAGUCCCUCCCACAGGAUGUCCGAUUGGCCAUUGAAGUGAGCCAGCCACACUAUGACCACAUGUACGCGAGGAGGGUUAUUCUCAACUCUAAAGCUAAUUGUGAUUGAAUAAGUAUAGCUGUUUUCUGUUAGGUACUAAAUAAGGGUGCUGGGAAAGUACAUUUAGAAAAAAAAUAUAUUGCGUGAGAAUAGUGAAGAUGGCAGUGCACACUAAUUUCAUUGUUUUGGUACAAAUUUCGGUCAAUAAGAUUUUUCAUUAUGUAAACUGAACUUACUGUAUGGUGAACGAUUUCACAACGAUAACAAUUUCAACAUGUCUGUUUUCUAACUCCAUUCUGAAUGUUGGCUUUAAAAAUUAUCUAAAGCCAUUCUGGUGUAGCUCUUGAAACCUGUUCUUCUGAAAUGUAGAAACUCAAGAUACAAGUACAGAUAAAAAAGUACAAACUGAC